UUGAUUUCGAUUAUUUCAUCAAUAUUUGGCUAUAUAACGCCAUGAUAUAAUUCGCGCUGUACAAAUAAAAAGAUUUAUGUAAUUGACCCAGCAACUAAGUAUAGCGCGUUAUCAGACGAUAAGAAACGUUCAGUGAGUUUAAUUGUCACAAAUAAGAUAAUGCUGUCAGUUUAGGUAUUGCUGUUUACUUUAUUUUAUUGUAAGCGUCGGUACGGAUUGCACAAAUGAGUGGUGUAUUGUGCAGAACUGUGUUGUCCUUCCGAUAUAUCAGACUACCCAUGGCUCGUAACGCGUCCACCGCUUUUCUCAUCGAAGAUCCUAAAUAUGGAUUUUUAAAAGAAUUAGGACUUAAGGAGAAAAAUAUAGGUGUGUUCAAUGGAAAAUGGGAGGCCAAUGGACAGAUUAUCCAAUCAUUCAGCCCGGCUAACGGCAAAAUCAUAGCAGAAGUGCAAGCUGCCAGCCCGUCAGACUAUGAGGCGUGCGCAGCGGCCGCACAAGAGGCUUGGCACACGUGGGCUGAGAUGCCCGCUCCGGCCAGAGGAGAAAUCGUUAGGCAAAUUGGAGAUGCUUUGAGAGAAAAACUACAGCCGCUAGGACAGCUAGUGUCCUUGGAAAUGGGUAAAAUCCUGCCGGAAGCUGUAGGAGAAGUGGUGGAAUAUAUUCACGUGUGCGACUUGGCUCUGGGCCUGUCCCGCACUCUGCCCGGCACUAUCCUGCCCUCGGAGCGUCCUGGUCACGUGCUCAUUGAGAAGUGGAACCCACUGGGAGCUAUCGGCAUCAUCACUGCGUUCAACUUCCCUGUCGCCGUGUUUGGAUGGAACAGCGCUAUUGCUAUGGUUUGCGGAGACGUGAGUGUGUGGAAACCCUCAGACACUACUCCCCUCACCGCUGUCGCAGUGACGAAGAUCGUGGAGAGCGUCCUUGAGAAGAACAACAUACCCGGGGCCGUCGCAGCUCUAUGCGUUGGCGGGAAAGACAUCGGACAACAGCUCGUCAAGGAUGAGAGGAUGAAAUUGGUAUCGUUCACUGGCAGCACAGCUGUUGGACAACAGGUAGGAGUGGAGGUACAGAAGCGUUUCGGGCGCCACCUGCUGGAGCUGGGCGGCAACAACGCCAUCAUAGUGAACGCUGACGCGAACUUGGACCUGCUGCUGUCCGCCGCGCUGUUCGCAUGCGCCGGCACCGCGGGACAACGAUGCACCACUACUAGGCGGCUGCUCAUUCAUAAGAAGGUGUACAGCGAAGUGGUGGAGCGCCUUAAGAAGGCAUACGCGGGUGUUGUCAGCAAGAUCGGAGACCCGCUCCUCGCUGAAACCCUGAUCGGUCCUCUCCACACUCCCGCUGCUGUCGAAGCGUACAAGAAGACUGUAGCGGAGGCCGUCAAACAAGGAGGAAAGAUUGAAUUUGGCGGAAAGGUAAUCGAGCGCGAAGGGUACUUCGUGGAGCCGACCAUCAUCACAGGCUUGCCUCACGAUUCCCCGCUGGUCAAGAGCGAGUGUUUCGCGCCCAUCGUUUACUGCAUCGAAAUACCAGACCUCGACACCGGAAUCAAGUACAACAAUGAGGUUGACCAAGGCCUGUCCUCCAGCUUGUUCACGGAGAGCUUGGGAGAUAUAUUCAAGUGGAUCGGACCGCACGGGUCGGACUGCGGCAUCGUGAACGUGAACAUUCCUACCAAUGGCGCGGAGGUGGGCGGCGCGUUCGGCGGGGAGAAGGCCACCGGCGGCGGCCGCGAGUGCGGCUCCGACUCCUGGAAGAACUACAUGCGCCGCUCCACCGUCACCAUCAACUACUCCGGCACCAUCAAACUGGCGCAGAACAUUAAGUUCGGCGAUGAAUAAAUACUCUACUGCAGCGUUGCUAUAUUUAUUUUUCGAUUGGAUACCGACCACCUCCAAUGUUGAAAACAGCCCAGUUCCUCAUUCAUAGUUGAUGAGUGGUCAACUCAUGCCGCCCUCUUCGAGGCAUGUAUUUUCGACGACCUACAAUUUUAUAUUUGGACUGCUUAUUACGGCAUUUAUAUGCUUCAGUUUAGUUUGAUAUUAUGUUUGUAUAACCAAUAUAUAUUUUACUUUAUGAUAAAACUGGAAGACUGAAGUAAAAAUAAAACAUAUUUUUAAUA